AUGAAAGCAGAAGAGCGAAGGUUGGAAAGAGACGGGGGUGGAGAACUGGACCGAGAAUGGAGUGGAGAGGAAAUCGAAAAUGGAAUAGAGAGCAUAAUUAAGCUGGGAAAGGACAGCCAACCAAAGCAAUCAGCCCUAAGGGUUGCCAGGAUCCGUGCUGAACAGGCCAAGUACAAUACAAAUCAUGGCCGGUGGCGUGUUUGGGAAAGGGUUCGGUGGCGGUGCCGGGUAGCAGCAACAACCACGACCCGAAAAUCCGGAAAAGGUGAGGGAACUGAUGAAAAGAUGGAAGGCGAGGAAGACGGGGGCAGCUGCAGAUUUUCGCGUACGGACGGUAAGGGGAGGCAUGGCCGCUCAAUGAAAUUAGGGAAGACAGAGUUCCACAGGCCAUUGUCGAUAACUUGGAGAACCAACCGGAGCGCCUAG